GUCUGCGGGGAACGGACCAGGGCAGUCAGAGUCCCAAAGCCACUUGGGAACAGCGACAACAGAACCAGCAGGAGCCCGUUCCCAAUCUGCCUCUUGGCAGGCCGCCUUCCCAGCUCACUCCCUCCUUCCCUCCCUCCAUCCCCGUUGCUCCUUGAUCGCACUGAUGCGUGGUGCUUGAUCCUUGAACUCUCUGCGCCACAUAGUGAGUUCACUUAUCUCCAGCAAUAAACAACCACCUCCAGGAUAAAUAGCCCAGAACCUUGCCGUCCUGGAAGCAGCAGACGGAGCAGCGGGCAGCAGAAGAACUGGCUGGAGCAUUUGGCAAGAUGAGAGCUGUCACCGUCACCCUCCUCCUGGUGUUCCUCGCCGGAACCCAGGCUCGGCACUUCUGGCAGCACGAUGAGCCCCAACAUACACCCCUGGAGAACCUCCAAAACGCCGUCCACCUCUACAUGGAAACGGCAAAAGCCGGAGCCCACGAAAUCCUGACCCAGUUCGAUGCCUCCACCCUCGGCAAGCAGCUUGACCUGAAGGUUGCCGAGAACUACGAUACGCUGAGUGCGGCCGUCACCAAGUUCCGCGAGGACCUCUCCCCGCAGAUCGAGGCCCUGAAGACCAAGGUCAACGCCGACUUGGAGACCCUGCGGCAGGAGCUGGGCAAGGACCUGGAGGAGGUCAAGGCCAAGAUCCAGCCCUACGUGGAGGACUUUGGCAAGAAGCUGAAGCAGGAGUCGGACGCCUACCAGGCUCGCCUGCAGCCCAUCGGCGAGGAGAUGCGCCAGCUGGCCCAGCAGAACCUGGAGAAGGCCCAGGAGAAGCUGCGACCCAUCGCCGAAGAGGCUCGGGACAAGUUCCGCACGCUGGUGGACGAGCUGCGCCAGAGGAUCAUCCCGCACAGCGAGGAGAUGCGGCAGAAGCUGGCCGAGAAGGUGGCCUCCAUCCGGGAGCGCGGCCUGCCCGAGGUCGGCCAGUACCAGGCCCGCGUCCAGCAGCACCUCAGCACCUUCCGGGAGAACGUGGCCCCCAUGGUGGAGAAGCUGCGGGAGGAGCUGGCCCCCGUGGCACAGGCCCUCCGGACCCGCAUGACCGAGGUACUGACCCUGCUCCAGAAGACCCUGCAAGAGGCCACCCAGCAGCAGGAGCAGCAGCAACAGUCCUAAGGGACCACCCCGGCCCCGAUACCCCUCUCCCUCCCGCCCUUCCUUCCUCUUGGAAGUCCACAGCUGCAACGGGGAGCAAAGAAAUGGGUCGGGACCAGCUCCUUUUCCAUCCAAGCCAAGCGUGGAGCUGGAAAUGACAGUGUGUGUGCUUCUCUGGUGCAAGACCUCUCCCCAUUUCUUACUUCUGUGUCCAAGCAUAAUAAAAAAAGUAAAGGAGGUUGUGCCGUC